AUGCCUUCUCAACCCCCACUACCACCCCUCCUCGCUCCAUAUGUAUCAACUCUGCCCGAUUCAUCUUUGACACUAGUCUCUUCUAUCCUUGGUGCAACUUCAAACUGGUUGAUUCUGAGAUUUCUUCAUGCUGCGUUGAGCUCAUCAAGCCCCAACUCGGCAUUUGGCCUAGAUGGGUUGCAAAAUGGCACCAAGAAGAAGGUGGUCUUGGUGAGCUUCAUGCGGAGUUAUGAGUUCUGGAGAACUGAGGCAAAGCGAUUGGGCCUUGAUCUUACGCGGUUGGCAGACAAACAGCACUUUGCAUUCAUAGAUGGCCUGUCUGAGCUGUUCUACGCACCACAAGCCACAGCUACUCCCACUAUCUCACCAGCUGGUUUGGGAAGUAGCCCACGCACAACGCUUCCAAUGCGUUCUCCACCUGGCGCUGUGCCGGGAAGAUCACCACAGCCGAUGAGACCAACAGCUCCAGCAGUAAGAGGAAAUGUGGCACCGAAGCAGACCGAAGCGGGGAUUGCAAAGAAGCUCCAUUUCUCUGGUCGUGGCCUCGCCUCCCUCGAUGCUCUGGAGAAAGAUAUCUCUUCAGUGAUCGAACAGCAAAGGAGAUCAAUGGAAGAUGGCGAGGAGCUUCUCCUUAUCAUAGACCAGCCUGACCUGCUGCUUGCUGCAACAGGCCCAAGCAUGGGAAUUGGAGCCACAGAGAUGGCGGAGUGGAUCACAGGGCUACAACAGCUUGCACAUGCUACGGUUUUGACGCUGGCUACGGAUGCACCCUUAAUACACAAUGCAUCUAUAUCGGCAGGGCUGUUGGCUACGCCAAUAGAAACGGAACAUGCGGCACUUGCUAUUGGGUUGGCGCAUCGGGCUCGAUCGGUCAUGCAGCUCCGUACUUUGGACACGGGAGCCGCAAAGGAUGUGAGUGGCGUGCUGAGAAUCAGCCGAGGUGGUGGAAUGAGCUCGAGUGAAGAAGAGAGCCUGGAGGAGCGAGAGGCUUUGUACUUCAUUCAACGGGAUGGUGGAGUCACUGUAUUUGGCCGCGGGGAAUCAUAG